ACAAUAUAUAGGACCUUUACUUCCAAAUAUCUUGAUUUGUUUUAAUUGACAGUGUCAAUUAAGAUGCUAUCUAUGUCAGAUGAUUAGAUACAGUGAAUCAAUAGCUUACAACCAGAACAAAUAUUUGCAAUUUAUUGAUAUUGUAAAAAGAUGUAAGUAAUCCUUAACAUAACAUUAGCUUACAAUUGUGCAACUAAAAAUACUGACAGUCCAAAAUUUGACAAGCACUGUACAGUCAUGUAUUGUGUAAUUUGAUCACACAGAUAGCUUCCCAAAAUUGUCAACAUCAGAAGUAAUGUUUGAGAAUAGAAGGCAAGAGCUUUCAAAAAGAUAGAACAAUACGCCAAAACUGGUCUUUUAAACUCUACACAUCAAAGGAGUGCAAAAUCUUAAAAAUCAAUAUUCACAAGUGAAGGGAAGUACUGUUUGUUUAUAAAGCCGAUGCUUAAUAAUCAGAAUAGUCAGCAUCACAGAAAUGUUAAUGACACAAGUUAAUGAAAUUGACCUUCAUUAUUUAAAGGUUUGCAAGGAGAAGAGCUCUUUUAGUAAUGUGGAAAUGAGAAAGACCUUUCAAAGCCUAUUUAUCAAAUAAUCUCACUCACCCACCUUGCUAUCCAGCUAGCACAUGAACAGUGCUCCUCAAUGUUUCCACACCUUGAUCCAACUGAAUAUUCAGAAGUCAUAUAAUCAAAGAACAUAUAUUUCACAGCCAUACCGUUUGUGUUGCCGGUAAGCAUAAGGGCAGCUCCAUGCGGAACACAAAAACUGUGUGCUUUACUGGGAUUAUUGUGACUCCCAACUAAGGGGUAUGACUGCCAUUUUGUCCUGCUUCUCAGAGACCCAGCUGAAACAAUAAAUACACUGAAGACAAGGUUAAGGCAGAUCUUUUAGUCCUGACGUUUGCUCCAGAACUCAUCACUGCUGUGACAGAUGUAAGUUUUACAAAAAGAAAAACAUACUCAACUUGAAGAAGCCAAAAAAUAUUUCCAACGUACCAAUAUUGAUUUUAUACUAAAGAAAAAAUGUUCACUGGCCAUGACUGAGAAAGCAACUACCUUUUUCAAGGUUGUGUUUUGUAAUUCCAAAACAAAAAUUGAAUUGAUAGAAAAACAAGGAGCCAGUAGAUAAACAUAUGUACUUCAUUUUUACAGUAAGCAAGGCAUGCACUUAUCAUGUGGUAGGUAGUGUCGCAACAUAUGCAAUUCAAGUAUUUUUACAUAUAACUCAUAAUUAUUUAAAUGAACAAGGAUCCUUAAACAAUAUAUUUACAAUAUUGCCCAAAUAUUGCUGAAAUAUUAAGCACAUAACAACCCUGCAUAGCUAUAAACUCCAACUCAAUGUAGAAUGCAUCUUAACUAUAUGUACAAUAUACUAUAUAAUACAACUUCUAUACAGACAUCCACAACGUAAUAAAUUUAAAAUUCUCCCAUUCAGACCUAAAGAUUUAAUCACACUGGAGGAUUUCUUACACGUAGGAUGACGUCUUUCCUGACAAGACCUUCAACUUGGAAGGUGGAAUAUGUGCCUGUGAAAACAAGCUCAGGUCUGGGCCCUCCUUCAUUGUGGUUGUACUGCAGUUUGCAGCUCUGGACACCUCUCUUUUUCCUUUUUCUUCGUCUAGUUUGCACAUCCUGAUCUUGGAGAAAUGCAAUUAGUUCACUGGAGUAUUCACUUAUUAAUCCUUCUAUUGUUUCCUUUACAAUCUGAUCUCUCUCCUUGGUUUCCUCAUCUACAACAUCAUCUGAUGGAUUCUCUGUUUUCACAUCUCCACUGACCCCUUUCUUUUUGGCCUUCCAUUCACCCAGCUGGGCUUUGGUCUUUGCAUCUACUUUUACAAGCAGCUUUUUGUCUCACACUUGAAGUUCAUGCAAUAACUUUAAUGCAUGUGGAAAAGAUUCUAGUUCUUUAUACUCACAAUUGUCUAAUACUUGCAAAAUUUCCUGAAGCUCCUUACACUCUCUUCCAGCUUAAAACCAAGCCACAUUUCGCAAGUAACUGCCUGAUUAACAUAUCAGAAUCUUUCUUACAGUAGAUACGUUGUCUACAAAAACUGUUGUAGUCAUUCCUUUGUUUUCAUCACUUUCAAGAUUCCUCUGAAUAACACGAUCCUUCCUUGGUCCAACAUGCUUUCCAAUCAGAGGCAUAAAGAUUGGCAUCAACACCUGUUUGCUCUCUGUUAGUUCAUGAUCUACAGCAUGGAAACAGUUGUGGCAUCAUCCAAUAUCUUUCUUAAUUCACCUUCAGUUGACUCUAUUUCAGGGUGGAUGGAUUUCCAGUCAAGUUGUAGUUCUCUCAGACGAUCAUGUCCCCACAAUGUUGGCCCUCCUAUUUUUACCAUAUACAAGCCCAACGUGGCUUGUUAGUUGUUGUAUUUCACUGUUACAAAUGUCAUUCCCACAGGAAUGAUCUUUUCUGCAGUAUAAGAUCUUAGCUGGAUAUCUACAUGCUUCAGUUUAGUAUCUUUGAAAUGCCGUUCACUCAUUCUGUGGAAUGACUGAAACUGCCGAGACAGUGUCUAAUUCAAUUAUAAUUAAUUUGCUGUUCACUUCUGGUGUAAGCCAUAUUGUUUGUCUAUUGUUAGCUUUCACAUUAUAAAUCUCAAGGCUACCUAGUCCUGUGUCACUCUCAUCAUUAUCAGAUUUUUCAUCAGCAAAAUGCAGAUUAGUGCUCUUUUUGAAACUGAAUCUUUUUCUCUUCCCUGUGUAGUCCAUUUAUUUUUGGCUGCCGGACAUACUCUUUGUAAAGUGUCCUCUUCUGUUAUAUGUUCUGCAAACUUCGCCUUUAAAUCUGCAUUGGUCUGGUGUACGUGAGCCCCUGUCACAAUGUUAACAUAGUUUGUUCGGCCAGGUCGAUUUCUGUUUAGACAUUGCAAUUUUGUUCAUGCUCAUUUUCAUUCCUGACUGCAACUCAGUUGUGCCUUUGUCUGCUGUUUCCAUUGAUAGAGCAAUUUCAACUACUCUUUUAAAUGUACGCUGUGUUUCAGUUAGGAGCCGAUUUUGAAUGCUUUCUUGUAAAAUUUCCCCAAACUAAAUGAUUUCUCAGUGUAUCAUUAAGCUCGUCAGUGAACUGACAAUACUUGGACAGCUUCUUCAUUUAACCACAUACACUGGACUCCCCUUCCCUUUGAUUCCGCUUAUGAAACCUAAAGUGUUCUACAAUCAAUAAUGGCUUCAGGUCUAAGUGUUUCUACAGAACCUUCAUGAUACCAGCACAGCUCAUUUUGGCUGGUUUGGUUGGAGCAGUUAAACAUCUAAGCAAAUUGUAUGCCUUUAAAUCCAAUCCACUCAGCAAAAUUGACAUAUGCUUCUCACUGGCUAUCUAAUUUACUUCAAAAUACUGCUCAACCUGCUCAGUAUACAAUAUCCAGUUAUUUGUUGUGUAAUCAAACACAUCAGUCUUUCCAAUGUAGCCAGCUAUUUCUUCUGUUUUUCAGGAUUAUUGAAUUGACUAUUUCUUACAUCCUUCACAUACAUGAGGAGUGAAAAUCUUUAUGUUGCUAUCACCUAAUGCUCACUGUUUAUUAACCCAUGAACUCAUCAGUUUCUUGCCUUUUUUAAAAAAAAUCUCCUGUGUCUGUCAAUUUUUCUGAUGGGCACAUGCUGCGCUUUUUUUUACUCGACUGUUUCUAGCUGCACUUUUUUUAAAAAAAUGUUUCACUGCGCUUCAACAGGUAGGCAGUUGAUUCGGGUUCAUUUUAAAAAUACUUUGUCAUCUCUGGUAUGUUUUCUAACUCCAAAACAUAAAAAGGCUAAUUGAAAGGAAAACAAGGAACCAGGAGAUAAAUGUGUGUACUUUGUUUUUACUUUAAGUGAGGCGGGCACUUAUCACAUGUAGCGUAUUUUUACAUAUAUCCCUUAAUGAAUUAUUUAAAUGAACAAGAAUGCUUAAUCAAACAUAAUAAAUACACAACCCUUUAAAAACAAAAGUGCAUAAAAAAAUGCUGGAACUACCUAGCAAGUCAUGUCACAUAGGUGGAGAGUGAAGGGAUUCAAAACAAUGUCCUAUCUUGGUUUAAUACCAACCCACUUAAUUGAAUCAUAGAAAGUGAUUUCCUUCACGACCUGCACCUGCUGCUCGCAAUGUAUGAGAGUAUGCUAUGCUUGAAAGACUAGUCCAUUCCCACUGCAUCUACCCAUGACUUUCAUCAGCAGGGGCAAAUGCUUCAUCAUAUGAAUGAGAGGUCACUGGCCAAAGUGCUAAAUGUGUUUCUCUCCCUGUCGGUGCCGAGUAUUGCCAGCAUUUCACGUUAUAGUUUUAAUUUUAAUGUUCGUUCCUAGUCUGCGUCUGAUUGCUGACAUCAACACCUCGAAAAGCAAAUCUCCUGCAGUGAUUAAUUUUCCCACCAUUUCUUACCAUAGGGUGCAGGCCUACACUUUUGGACAAAGUGCUUUUUAACCCGACAGCACCUGACAUGGCAUGGGUACGAGACAGCGGCCCGUGCAGUAUUGUUGGCAUUUACCGUGAGCUCAGAUGGGUAUUCGGCGGUGCCCUUGCGCCCUACGUUCAAUCCGCGAGGAGCUCUGGAACGCCGCGCGGUGCCUAUUCUACUCAGAUACUAACAGCUACUUCUUGACUUGUUGACUACACGGAGGCAAUACAUUGAAGGCUUGACUUGCGUUGCUAAUAUUAAAGAAGUUGUCAAAAGUCAACAGAAGUGUAUUUCAGGAACAGAAAAAUAUUGUGGAAAAUGAACCUUUCUUGACUGGUGCACCAUUAAAAACACUGAAGAAAUUUAAUGGCUUCUUUCCAAGUGAAAUAAAACAAGACAGCUUCAAUUUCCAUCAAAACCAUGUCUAUAUCUGCAAGUUGGAGUACUUAAAAACAUUUGUGUAAUACAACCAAUGAUGUGAUCAUUGGCAUUGGAGGAAUUAUACUUAAUUGUGCACCACCUCAGAGCAGGACCUCUCAAAGAAAAGAAGCACAGUUGAACAAAAUAUCACCAUUCAAAAAACAGGGAACAAAUAGCUUCAAUACAUCAUUUAUAAACUCAGAAAUUCUGAAGUGCCAUAGAUACAAUGGGGAAUAAUACCUCUCUGUAUGAGUCUCCAAGUCAUUCCACACCAACAAACAAUGAACGGUCAGCUGAUCGGAAGAAUCAAAUUUUGCCAACCAAUGAUCAUGCCCUUGAGUUUCUACCAUCCAAGACCAGAUCCAAUAAGCAAAAUAAUGAAGACCAUGUGACAACAGAAAAAUGUUUCCUUCUGAUCACUGGUAUGACUUGUGCUUCCUGUAUUGCCAAUAUUGAAAGAAAUCUUCAAAAAGAAGAAGGUAUACAUUCCAUUCUGGUAGCACUAAUGGCAGGAAAAGCAGAAGUAAAAUAUAACCCACUUAUCAUCCAACCUACUGCCAUUGCAGAAUUAAUCAAAGAUUUAGGUUUUGGUGCAGCUGUAAUAGAAGAUAUGUCUCCAGCUGGAAACUUGGAACUCAGUAUUACUGGAAUGAAUUGUGCUUCUUGUGUUCACAAUAUUGAGUCCAAAUUAAAUAGAGUUGAUGGGAUUUUGCACGUGUCAGUGAAUCUUGCCACUAAAAAAGCCCACGUUAAGCUAGAUCCUGAAUUACUGGGACCACGCGAUGUCAUCAGAAUAAUUGAGGGACUUGGCUACAGUGCAUCUGUAGUCAAAAGCCAGUCAGCAGUACAUAAUCUGGACCAUAAAGAGGAGAUAAAACAGUGGAGGAAGUCCUUCUUGAUUAGCCUUGUUUUUGGCAUUCCUGUUUUUGGUCUAAUGAUAUACGUAAUGAUAAUGGACAACUAUGGUGGGUCCAGAGCUCUUGAACAAAAUAUUCUUCCUGGGUUAUCAAUUCUUAAUUUGGUUUUCUUUGUUCUUUGUACUCCUGUCCAGUUUAUUGGAGGAUGGUACUUCUACAUUCAAACUUAUAAGUCUCUUAAGCAUAAAACUGCCAAUAUGGAUGUGCUCAUCGUUCUGGCAACUACCACUGCAUAUCUGUACUCCUGUGUAAUACUGAUUGUGGCCAUCGCUGAAAGGGCAGAACAAAGUCCAGUGACUUUCUUUGAUACUCCACCAAUGCUGUUUGUCUUCAUUGCCUUGGGGAGAUGGCUGGAGCAUGUAGCAAAGAGUAAGACUUCUGGAGCAUUGGCUAAGCUUCUUUCCCUUCAAGCUAUAGAGGCUACAGUGGUAGCACUGGGACCAGACAACUCUAUACUGGGUGAGGAGCAAGUAGCUGUGGAUUUAGUCCAAAGAGGUGAUAUUAUAAAGAUUGUUCCCGGUGGCAAAUUUCCUGUUGAUGGAAAAGUAUUGGAAGGUUCCUCUAUGGCAGACGAAUCUCUCAUUACUGGAGAGCCUAUGCCAGUUGUAAAAGGAGUAGGAAGUAUAGUGAUUGCUGGUUCUAUUAAUGCACAGGGGACUCUGCUGAUUCAAGCUACCCAUGUGGGUUCAGACACAACCUUGUCACAGAUCGUUAAACUAGUAGAAGAAGCACAGACAUCCAAGGCUCCUAUUCAACAGCUUGCAGAUAAACUAAGUGGAUAUUUUGUUCCCUUUAUUGUUCUCAUGUCUUUGAUUACACUCGCUGUCUGGAUUAUCAUUGGUUUUGUUAAUUUUGACAUCAUGGAAAAGAACUUGGCAGGAUACAGCAAAAAUAUUUCUAAAGCUGAGCUGAUAGUUAGAUUCGCUUUUAAGACUUCCAUUACUGUAUUGUCUAUUGCAUGUCCCUGUGCUCUGGGACUAGCUGUACCUACAGCUGUCAUGGUGGGAACAGGCAUCGGUGCUCAAAAUGGCAUUCUGAUCAAAGGUGGAGGACCACUAGAGAUGGCACACAAGAUAAACGUGGUGAUGUUUGACAAGACUGGUACAAUUACACAUGGUACUCCUAAAGUAAUUAGGGUUCUUGUACUGAGAGAUGUGGCUGAACUACCACUGAAGAAAUUUCUUGCAGUUGUUGGCACCGCAGAAUCUGGUAGUGAACAUCCUCUUGGAAGUGCUAUCACCAAAUAUUGUAGAGAAGAACUUGGCACAGAUGUGCUUGGUUACUGUAUGGAUUUUCAGUCUGUGGCAGGCUGUGGCAUCAGCUGCAAAGUUACCAGCAUUGAAACUGUGUUAAUGAAAAGUGAAUUGAGUCCUAACAGAAAGCAAAAACAGAUUCAUAAUUCACAUGUUGCGGUGUUCUCACAAAUAAAUAAAGGUGCAGAAACUUCUCAGAUCUACUCUGUGUUGAUUGGAAACCGUGAGUGGAUGACACGCAAUGGUUUACAUGUUGAAAGUGAUUUUGACAAGGCUAUGGUUGACCAUGAAGUUAAAGGAGAGACUGCAGUGAUGGUUACUAUUAAUGGUACGCUAUGUGGGAUAAUAGUAAUUGCAGAUACAAUCAAACCUGAAGCUGCAGUGGCUGUGAGCAUCUUAGAAAAUAUGGGAGUGGAUGUGGUUCUUCUAACGGGUGAUAACUUCAAAGUAGCAACAGCAGUUGCUCACCAGGUUGGCAUCAAGAAAGUGUUUGCAGAAGUUCUUCCCCCACAAAAAGUAGCCAAAGUUCAAGAGAUUCAGGAUCAGGGUAAAACGGUCGCAAUGGUUGGUGAUGGUAUAAAUGACUCUCCCGUCCUGGCAAAAGCUGAUGUGGGAAUUGCCAUUGGAUCUGGCACAGAUGUAGCAAUUGAAGCAGCAGAUGUUGUGCUGAUGAGAAACAAUCUCCUAGAUGUUGUGGCUAGCAUCAAAUUAUCAAAAGAAACUGUUUCUCGCAUUCGAAUAAAUUUUAUUUUUGCAUUAAUUUUUAAUCUGGUUGGAAUCCCUAUUGCUGCUGGUGUGUUUUUGCCUUUGGGCCUGGUUUUACAGCCAUGGAUGGGUUCUGCUGCAAUGGCUGCUUCCUCUGUUUCUGUGGUGGUUUCUUCAUUAUUGUUAAAACUCUACAGGAAGCCAAACAUAGAAAAGUUUGAUAAUCAAGCAUAAGGCAACACCAACUGCAUCCAUUUAAAAUUGAUGAAAGGAAUCAAAGGAUUCUCCAAAGUUCAAUAUCUGCGCCCAAUUAAAAUAUAUUAUUCUCUUAAUUCACUAAAAUAAAAAAAUUAUUAAAUCAGAGAAUAAGUCUUCAGGAUGAAUGUGAUGAAUGGCCUCUGCUGGCUGGAGUGUAAAACAAAGAGCUUGUGUUUGAGGAUGGAUGAAGACUAUGAAUUGAGAAAAUAUAUUGGUACAGUGUGAACUUAUGAAGACUAAACUGUUUUAUAAAUGAAGUAUGUUUUUAUAUAAAUAUACACAAGCUUUCUGAAACAGUAGUUUUCUGAAGUUUAAGUUUGUGAAGGCCAUUCUAGACUUAAUCCUAAAGACUUUACUCCUUGGAAGUCUGUAUUGCAUGAAACCGCAAUAAAACUUAUUUUAAU